AUGGGAGACACAGAUGAAAACAUUGCUGUUGUGGGAAUUGGAUGCAAUUUUCCAGGAGGUGAAGGAGUUGACAACUUUUGGAAGGUCCUUCUGGAGGGUAAAAACUGUGCAGUGGAGAUACCUUCAGAAAGAUUCAACAGCACAUUGUGGUACGAUCCAGAUGACAGCAAGCCAGGGAAAUCACGUACAGCGAAAGCAGCUCUCAUUGAUGGGUUCAAUGAAUUUGAUCACAGGCUGUUUGGCAUUCCUGAAGCAGAGGCAGAUCGAAUGGAUCCGCAGCAAAAGCUUCUCCUGCAGUGCACCUAUCGAGCUCUGGAGCAUGCUGGGAUGCCACUGGAAAAGGCCAGUGGAACCACAACAGGGGUUUUCAUUGGUAUUAUGAACAGAGACUAUGAAAUGAUUUUGAAUAAUUGUGCCAGUACAGCUGACCAUUACAAUGGCACUGGGACAGCGAUAAGCAUAGCUGCCAAUAGGAUUUCCUACUGUUUUAACUUUACCGGACCUUCGUUUGCAAUUGACAGCGCGUGCUCUUCAUCCCUGGUUGCUCUUCAUUAUGCCUGCCAAGCAAUUAAGCAAGGCGACUGUGAUAUGGCAGUCUGUGGUGGAGUCAGUUGCAUCAUAGAGCCAAGAGUUUUUGUCGCUCUCAGCAAAGCAAAAAUGAUAUCUCCUGAAGGAACCAGCAAACCUUUCUCCAGCAAGGCUGAUGGCUACGGAAGAGGAGAAGGCUGUGGCAUUGUCUUGCUUAAGCCAUUAGCAAAGGCACAGAAGGAGUUAGACCACGUCUGGGGAAUCAUAGCUAGCAGUAAUGUAAAUCAGGAUGGCAGAGCAGUCACUCCAAUCACCAAACCAUCAAUGGCCCAACAGGAAGAACUUCUGCUCAGGAUUUACUCAACACGUGUUGACCCAUCACAUGUACAGUAUGUAGAGGCUCAUGGGACUGGAACAGCUGUAGGGGAUCCGACAGAAGCAGGCAGCAUCUCUAAUGCCAUUGCAAAAGCACGGCCUCCAGGCUCACCGGCUCUUCUGAUAGGCUCUGUAAAAGGUAACAUUGGUCACACUGAAUCUGCAGCAGGGGUCGCAGGGUUGAUCAAGGUCCUAUUGAUGAUGCACCAUGAAACAAUUGCUCCGUCUUUACACUAUUCUGAAGACAAUUCCAGCAUCGAUGCUGAAUCUCUCAGGCUUAAGGUUCCAACCACAGCAGAAAAGUGGGAAAAAUCUGGACCACUUGGAAGAGCUGCAGGUGUUAAUAACUUUGGUUUUGGGGGAACCAAUGCACAUGUUGUUGUCAGGCAAUACAAACAAUCACACGUUCUGAAUUCAGAAAUACAAAGGCCACUUGAAAUAGUUGUGCUGUCUGCAGUCUCAGGAAAAUCAAUCCAAAUGAUGAUGGAAGACACAGCCCAACAGAUCAGCACAAAUGAUGCAAUAAAGCUACAUGAUCUGGCUUAUACCUCUGCAUGCAGGAGAAGUCACACAAGACACAAAUACAGAAAAGCUUUUCUAGCUCCAUCUCUCAGUAAAUUAAACCAACAACUUAAAUCUGCAGCAAACAUGACAGUUACUCAAGCAGAGUCAGGUGCACAAUUCGUUUUUGUGUUCUGUGGAAAUGGGGUCACCUACAAUGGCAUGUGCCGACAGCUAUUAAAGGGGGAACACAUAUUCAGAGAAAAGGUGAAAGAAAUACAAAGUGUUUUUCAUAACUACACUUCCAUCUGUCUCUUAGAGAAGCUAGAAAAUGGUUCUGAUGAUGAUUAUUUAAAGCCAGACAUUGUCCAGCCACUGCUUUUUACCAUUCAGGUGGCAAUUGCCAGCCUUUUAAAGCACUGGGGUAUAAAGCCAGAUGCUAUAGUUGGGCAUUCUGUGGGCGAGGUUGCUGCUGCACAUUGCUCUGGAUUACUGUCCCUUCAUGAUGCUGUUAAGGUCAUUUAUUUCCGCAGUACUUUGCAGUCCAAGGUUACUAGAGGGAAAAUGCUUGUUGUUGGAAACAUACCCGUGUCAGAAGUGGAACAGUUUCUUCCAGCUUAUUCAGGGAAAGCUUGCAUUGCUGCCUUCAACAGCCCCCAGUCAUGCACCUUGUCAGGCGAGUCUGAAGCUAUAGAUGGUCUUCAUCAGAAACUGUCAACAUCAUUCAGCUCCAAGAACCUAUUCCUCCAUGUUCUAGAUGUCCCAGUUGCAUACCACAGUCACAUGAUGGAGCCCAUUUUGAACCCUAUACAGGACAAGAUAGGUCUCUUACAAAAAAGAGACAUGGAAGCAGAGUUGUUUUCUACAGUAACAGGGCAUUUAGCUACUGAAGGAGAUUUUACCACAGGCCAGUACUGGGCCAAGAACAUUGGAGAACCAGUUGCAUUCGAACAGGCAGUGAAAUCAGCAGCGGCUGGGAAGAAACAUGUCGUUUUUGUAGAGAUAGGUCCGAGAAGGGCCCUGCAAAGGAAUAUUAUGGAAAUUGUAGGGAAUGGGGCUCCAGUGUUUCCAUCUGUGCAGCCUGACAAAGACUAUGAGACUCUGCUUACAGUUGUGUCAAAGGCAUUUGAGUUUGGGUUGAAAGUAGAUUGGGAACAAUUCUACAAAGCACAUGAGACUCUACCUACACCCUGCCCAAGGUAUCAGUUUGAUGUUAUCAAAAAAGAGGUGUAUUUUGAGUUGGUACGACAGGGCAAUGACAGUGUAGCAAGUUCUAUUCAUCCAGUGCUGUGCAGUGCAGGUAUUGACAGCAAGGAGAUCAACUGCAACAUAUCAACAGAGGCAACACCAUACAUUUAUGAACAUAAAAACAAUGGCGUUGUUAUAGUCCCUGGUGCAUUCUAUGUUGAAUUAGGCUUGGCAUCUGUCAUGGCUAGUGUGAGACCAAAACUACAGCUCAGCUCCAUGCAACUCAGCAUUAGUUUCCUUAGCCCUUGUAUUGUGAGUCAGAAUUUAACUGAGCUAAAGAUAAUGCUUGAGCAACACAAAAGUGAGACCACAUUUAAAGUAAAGUCUCCAGUGGCAACCCAUGCAUCGGGUAACAUCCAGCAUGGCUGUGAAAACUUAGUUGAAGAAAAGAACUUAUCACUGGAAUUCAUCUACAAAAGAUGUGCAUUAGUAGUGAAGUCUGAAGAAGUUUAUGACCAGCUGUCUAGUGUAGGGUUCCAGUAUGGGUCUGUGUUCAGACAGCUUGGUGAUGUGCAUUAUGGGGAAGAGCUUCAGGAAGCUGUUACAAGGAUUAAUGUCCCAGAAGAAGUUAUCGUACAGUUGCACGAGUACUGCAUUCACCCUGUAGUUUUAGAUUAUUUCUUACAAAUGACAGCUACUGUAGCAGCAAAUGCUUUCAAAUCCAGACCUGGGUUUCCUUCUGGUAUUGGCAGUUUGAUAGUAUCUCAGCCCCUGCAGAAAGAAAUGUUCAUGUACUUGAGAACAAGCAAAGUGACUCCUGACUUCAUUGAGGUAUGUGGGGGGUUCACAGAUAAAGAAGGCUCUAUUUUAGUUGAACUUAAACAUGUAAGGAUUACAUUUUUAGGAAGCAGUUCUUUGGUUAGAAAGGAAUUCUUCUUUCAUAAUGAGUGGAAAGAAGAUACUGAAAUAGUAAACUCUACCAUUGCACCCAAAGCAUUAGUGUUUGCAGACCAGCUUGGUGUGGCCAAAUAUCUCAGAAACUACAUGCACCCAGAGUCUACAUAUAUUUAUUACAAAGAUUUAGAACAGUUGUCAACACUUGAUAUUACAGAAUUGUUUACUGGGUUUACUUGGCCAGACUCUUACGACGACUAUGAUGAGGUUUUAUUCUUGUGGGGAUUUCAAAACCUCAGUGAGCUAAGUACAGAGAAAGUGUUGCUGAAUAUGGUAAACUGCUGUGAAGUUUAUCGACAGGUUGUCAAUGACUUGAAGGAAAAGAAAUCCAAAUGUCCCAUCAGAACCAUCACAUACAGAACAACAGAGAAGGCAGUGGAUCACAUUAAUCCAGGAUUUGCACUGUGUGGAAUGACCAGGGCAUGUGCUGCAGAAAUUUCAGAUCUCUCCUUUCAAUUGAUUGAUAUUCAUUCUGUAAGCAAGGAGGACAUCGCAGCACUGGGCCAAGUGAUUACCUCAUACAAAACGUCAAAAUACCCAGAGGUCAUGAUAAGCAAGGGUCAGAUUUACACAUCUUUCAUUAUACGCACACCUGUUAAAAGUUCAGGCAGUAGCCAAAAAAGGAUGUUGAAUUCCAGUUCUGAAAGUUUUGUUCUCCAAACAGUAGAUCCAUAUAGAAUGGCAGAUCUACAUGCAAACACUACCAGUGAUCACAAAAAACACCUUAAGAAGCAAACUGUAGAGGUUCAGCUCAAUAAGAUAUGUGUCCAUUCAUCUGAUUACUUUCCUGUCAGCCUGUCCGAUUUGAAUUUUGGUCAAACCCUGUACUGGAGUAAACAUGCAGCUGAUGAACACAAACUUUUAGCUCUAGACUUCAGUGGUACAGUUACAGCAGUGGGGAGUGAUGUGAAAAAGUUAAAGGUAGGAGAUCCCAUAGCUUCAUGCUACCCAGUUGUUGCAUCUUCUAAGGUCGUACUUCCUGAGGCAGUCUGUUAUGACAGUAGAAAGCUUCCCUUCCUAAUGGAAACUCCCUGUGUUUCCUACUUUGUACUGGCAUGGGAAAUACUAUAUCACGCAUUACCCAAAUUAAAACAACGGAGAAGGCUAUGUGUCUUAUCCUCUGAACCUGAGUCAAGCUUGCUGAAAGUUUUAGCACUCAUAGCAAAAAAGUCAGGAUGGGAUGCUAUAUUUGGAACAGAAUUCAGUGGUCUACUGCAGAAUGUAAAUAAGUGUGAGGCUUUAGUUCUUUUGCCUCCAUUUGACACAUCUUUAGUGGUAAAAGUCUGCCAUGUUUCCAAUGCCAAGCACAUCGUUAUAGUGUGUGAUAGCCAUCUGUUCCUCUCUGUUUCUCAAAGUCUGCUGAGAAAUGAAAAUGAAGAUGUUCACAUUCAUAUCCUUCAAAUAGCCAAUGUGUUUCAGAAAGCCAAUCUCAUGAAAUACAAAAAAGGCAUCUAUAAAUGGAUGAAGUCGAUGCAUUUUGAAAAUAAGUCCUUGACUCUAACAAGAAACAUCUUCCAAAAACAAAUAAUGGGCAGCAGUGAGCACAUCGAUACCGAGGAGACUGAAUCUUAUUUCUUAUCAAAGUGCAUCUCCCUGGUUGUGCUAGAUGAUGCAUCAAAGAACAGGGUUUCUGAUAUUCCUGUUCAUGAGAAUCAAAAACAGCUUUUCCAACAAAGCUCUGUUUAUAUAGUGACUGGAGGACUUUCAGGUCUUGGAUUUGAGACAGUGAAGUUCAUUGCUCAGCGGGGAGGCGGCUGCAUUGUUAUUCUUUCCAGAAGUGCUCCUUCCCCUGAGAGACAACAAGAGAUUACAAACAUGCAGAAUCAGUUUGGGGUUACUAUUAUAAGUGUCCAGUGUGAUGUUGCCAUCCGCAAGGAUGUUGAGAAGGCAAUCGGUCUUAUUGGUCAAUCUUUUCCUGCUUGUCCAAUUAAAGGAGUGUUUCACAGUGCUGUCGUCUUACACGAUGGCUUAAUCCACACUUUAAACAGAUCCCACUUUGACAAAGUUCUGAGACCUAAGGUUGCAGGGGCCUUGAAUCUUCACUACGCAACAAAGCAUUGCCAACUGGACUAUUUCAUUUGUUACUCCUCCAUCACUUCCUUUAUUGGAAAUUCAGCCCAAACAAACUACGCUGCAGCAAACUCAUUUCUGGAUGUCUUUUGCCAUUACCGGAGGAACUGUGGACUUUCAGGACAGUCCAUCAACUGGGGAGCUUUGAACCUGGGACUCCUGCUAAACAAGGUUAGUUUCCAACGCUUUCUUGAGGCUAAGGGAAUGGUAAUCAUGGAGCUACCUGAGAUUCAUGAAGGGCUUGAAAGCUGCUUGUUGCAGGACAAUCCACAGCAAACUGUGUGCAAAUUCAGCUUCAAAAAUUUAAAUGGCCAUGUCCUUUCCCAAAACACCUCUCUCAGAAUGCGUUUCUAUACUGUGGUUACAGAAGAACUCAAGAAUACUGAUGUAACUGACCCACAGUUAUUACAGAGCACAUCUCUCAUCAGACCUGGUGAUUAUGUUAGGAUGCUGCUUUGUGAAGUAAGCAACGCUGAUCCAGAUGAGUUGACAAAUGACACAUCUCUCUCUGCUUUUGGGAUUGAUUCAAUGCUGGCAAUGACCCUUCAAAAUCGUAUCUUUCAGGAAAGACAUGUGAAUGUACCACUUGUUAAAUUACUUGAUCCGAACACAACAGUGUGUGCUUUAGUGUCACUUCUCCAGGAAAACUGCCAUGAAAGUCCUCAGUAUGAUGAACAGGACUUGUCAAUGAGUAUCACAGCGUACGAAAAUAACACCCAAGUGACAAAGUUUUAG